AUGUCUGCAUCAGGUGUUAAAGUUGGUAUAAAUGGAUUCGGUCGUAUUGGACGACUUGUAUUUCGAUGUGCACUUGAACAAGGUGUUCAAGUAGUCGGUAUUAAUGAUCCAUUUAUUCCUGCUGACUAUAUGGUUUAUAUGUUUAAAUACGAUUCAACUCAUGGACGUUUUAAAGGUGAAGUUUCACAUGCUGACGGAAAACUUAUUGUUAAUGGAAAAGAAAUCAGUGUUUUUACUGAAAAAGAACCAUCAAAAAUUCCAUGGGGUCAAUUAGGUGCUGAAUAUGUUGUUGAAUCCACUGGUGUUUUUACAACUGUUGAAAAAUGUCAACCACAUAUACAAGCCGGUGCUAAAAAAGUUAUAAUUACAGCACCAUCAGCUGAUGCUCCUAUGUUUGUUAUGGGAGUUAAUGAAGAUAAAUAUACUGGAAAAGAAACAGUUCUAUCAAAUGCAUCAUGUACAACAAAUUGUUUAGCACCACUUGCUAAAGUUGUUCAUGAAAAAUUUGGUAUUGUUGAAGCUUUAAUGACAACUGUACAUUCCUAUACGGCUACACAAAAAACAGUUGAUGGACCAUCAAAUAAAGAUUGGCGUGGUGGACGUGGAGCCGCACAAAAUAUAAUUCCAUCAUCAACUGGUGCUGCUAAAGCUGUCGGCAAAGUAAUUCCUGACUUAAAUGGAAAAUUAACCGGUAUGGCUUUUCGUGUUCCAACAGCCAAUGUUUCAGUUGUUGAUCUUACUGCUCGAUUAAAUAAAGGCGCUAAAUAUGAAGAAAUCUGUGCUGCAAUUAAAGAAGCUGCUAAUGGUCCAUUAAAAGGUAUUUUGGCUUAUACUGAUGAUGAAGUUGUUUCAACUGAUUUUAUUGGUGACACAAAUUCAUCAAUUUUUGAUGCUAAAGCCGGUAUUUCGCUCAACGACAACUUUGUUAAACUAGUUGCAUGGUAUGACAAUGAAUAUGGUUAUUCAAAUCGUGUUGUUGAUCUUAUUCGAUACAUUGCCAAGAAAGAUCAUGGAAAAUAA